AUGUCGUGUGAGUAUUCCCAAAGCGGCGCACCUGAUCUUACUAACCGGAAGCAAGUGCCUCCAAAUGUCCGCACAAAAUACGUCAACAUCAUAGAUGCCAUUCUCGAAGGCGCCGAUCUCACCACUAUCACUAGGAAGAGCAUUCUACAAGGAAUUCAAGAUCAGAUCGAAUAUGAUAUCACUCCGCAAAAGAGCGCUAUCAAGGAGCUGAUUGGUGAGAGGUUCGACAUCAUCAACGCCCGAAAGAACGGUGAUGUUACGGUGGUCCCAUCCGUCGAGCCGGCCGAACCAACCCCAAAGACAAAUGGUGUCCACGAUUCUCCCGCGGCAUCCGCGUCAAGCUCGCCUGCAAAACGAGAGGCACGAAGUGAAACUGUCUCCGAUGUCAUAGACACACCUCCGCCGAAGAAGAAGCGCAAAGCUAGUAUCGAUGCUGACGCAGCAUUUGCUGCUCGUCUACAAGCUGAGGAAGACAAGCUUGCUCGGCCUACCCGUGGCGGCGUGGCCAGAAAGGCAGCCCCUGUCAAAAGGAAGAAGAAACCAAAGAAGGAAAAGGUGGUCGCUUCGGAUGAUUCCGAUAUUGACGAGGAUGAGCGCAAGGCCCAGAAACCCAAACGAGAGACCGGAUUUCAUAAACCUCUCAAUUUAUCGCCAGCGCUGUCCAACCUUUUUGACGGUGAAACGCAGCUAUCACGACCCGAAACCACCAAGAGAAUAUGGGCGUAUAUCAAAACUAAUGGUCUUCAAGACCCGAACGAUAAGCGGUUCAUCAUUUGUGAUGCACGGAUGCGUGAGGUGUUCCGGCAAGACAAAGUUCACAUGUUUACCAUGACCAAGUUAAUGGCGCAACAAAUGUACAACCCUGAUGAAUGA